GCAAAACAGCACAGCCGCACUGUCUCACCUGCCAUUUUGAUUGCUGAUCCUGCCGUCACUCUCCUUGUCCGGCCUCAUCGCUCGCUUAUCCCCAAAUCCCAACCCCCCCUCUCUCUCUCUCUCUCAUGGGUUCCGACUUCAAGGCCAUCCCUCUGAUCGACAUCGGCCCGCUUGUCGAGAAGAUCGACGAUCCAGACAUGGUCGGCGACGAGGGUUUGCUGGGCGUCGUCCGGAAGUUGGACGAUGCCUGCAGGGAGGCUGGAUUCUUUUAUGUGAAAGGACACGGGAUAGCGGAGUCACUAAUGACGGAAGUUCGGGAUGUCACGCGCAAGUUCUUUCAACUUCCCGAUGAGGAAAAGUUAAAGAUCAAAAUGACACCUCAGAGUGGGUAUAGAGGGUAUCAAAGAGUAGGUGAAAAUGUUACCAAGGGUAAACCUGAUAUGCAUGAAGCAAUUGAUUGCUACACGCCUAUCGAACCGGGUAAAUAUGGAGAUCUUGCUAAACCAAUGGAAGGAUCUAAUUUGUGGCCCGAUUACCCAUCAAAUUUCAAAGUACUCCUGGAAGAGUAUUUAAGCCUCGUACGAGAUCUUUCAAGGAAAAUCAUGCGAGGUAUCGCCUUGGCAUUGGGUGCGCCGUUGGAUGCUUUCGAAGGCGGGAUGGCAGGAGAUGCUUUCUGGGUUUUCAGGUUGAUUGGGUAUCCAGUCUCAGCUGACAUUCCACAAGAGCAACGCACUGAUAUUGGAUGUGGAGCUCACACAGAUUAUGGCCUUCUGACGCUGGUUAACCAGGAUGAUGACAUCUGUGCUCUUGAGGUGAGAAACCAGUCUGGUGAGUGGAUAUACGCCAAGCCAGUCCCUGGCACCUUUGUUUGCAACAUCGGUGACAUGCUCAAGGUUUGGUCGAACGGGAUAUAUCAGCCCACGCUCCACAGAGUGGUCAACAACUCCCCUCGUUACCGUGUCUCCGUUGCGUUCUUCUACGAGUCCAACUUCGACACUACGGUGGAGCCUGUGGAGUUUUGCCGGGAGAAAACAGGGGGCGUCGCCAAGUAUGAGAAGGUCGUGUAUGGGGAGCAUCUUGUCCAGAAAGUCCUCACGAACUUCGUCAUGUAAGGAUUGGGGGGAGGGGUACAAAAGGAAUAAAUCUGAAGCACUCCUUCGGGUACUGAAAAUGUUGGUGCAGGCCGAGCACGGCGUUCCAUUAGUUAAUAAAAUCCGCGUGAUGCAAAAGAUGUGCCGAAUGUGCCAAUGCCAUGUGAGAGAUACUAUUACAUGUACUUAGGCACGGCGUGUCGUGGCAUUGUUGCGCAAAGAAAAAUGAACCGAUCUGUGCGUGAUCGAUUGCCUCCAAGGACUGGCCACUUUGUGGAUGAACUCAUCUUCUCGAUGCCA